AUGAAGAAGCGAUCAGAACUGAAUCCGGGCAGGAUCUUCCAUUUGAUGAUGAACGUGACAAAGAGGACCAUGGGGAAUGUCAACGUCGUCAAUUUGUUGAAUGACCGCCGAGAGCGAUUCGACGUGGUCAUAUCGCAAUGGAUGUUCAACGAAGUGUUCAGCGGAAUAGCCACCCUCUACGACUGCCCACACAUCUGGUUCUCCAUUCACGAGCCCGGCUUUGCUAUAUUAAGCCUAAUAGACGAAGCAACGAAUCCGGCAUAUACGGCCAGUGUCGACCUGGAAGCCAUAGCGCCCUUCACCUUUUUGCAGCGUUUAAAAUCUCUGCAGUUACAAGCCAAUUGCAUGUUAAGAUAUUAUCUCAUGGGGUCGACUUUGAAAAGCAAAGACCUCCCGGAAUCCAUAAAACGGGAUCUUCUUAAACUUUUAGCUGAAUUCGAGCAGACCGUUAUCUGGAAAUUCGAAGACACACUGCCGAACCUUCCAGAAAAUGUACACAUACUGCCUUGGGCGCCUCAACAAAGUAUUUUAUCCCACCCCCGUUGCGUGUUGUUCAUCAAUCACGGUGGUCUCCUCUCCACCAUGGAGGCUGUGCACUUUGCCGUGCCGUUCGUGGGGAUUCCCGUGUACUACGAUCAGCAGCUGAACAUGGAAAAGGCCGUCACUAAAGGCAUCUCAAUCAAAGUGGAGCUAACGGAUCGAGUAGCGGAAGACCUUAAGAAAGCCGUGCACGAGAUGCUAAGUAAUUCGAAGUAUCGAGAGCGAAUAAAGGAGCUCUCCUUUGUCUACCAUCAUCGACCGGUGCCGCCUGGUCGAGAGCUUGUCCACUGGGUCGAGCACGUGGUGCGUACAGGUGGCGCCCAACAUCUGCGUUCACCGGCUCUACUGGUGCCUUGGUAUCAGAAGAUGUAUUUGGACUUGGCGCUGAUACUGCUGAUCCUAACGGUCUUCGCGAUCUACAGCAUAAGGCUUUGUUUAUCACAACUGAAAGAAAAAACUAAGAUGAAACUUUCU